AGUGUUGUAGAAGCUAAAGGGACUAGAGCAGAUGGAGUGACACCCCUGAGUGACGCCCCUGUCUGAUUAUUUUUGAGCAAUGGGAAGGGUGUAGUUCAGGUAUGGGCAAGCACUCCAGCUCAUUAUCAUUUUAACCAAGCCAUUUUUAUAUAAAGGUUUUAAAACAGAACCAAGUUACCAUGGAAACUGAUUGAAGCAGAGACUUACUGUAAAUUUUUUUCUAGACAAGGAUAACAGGACUGACAGGUGGGCUGUAAAAGGAAAAUGAGUGCAAUAUAGAGUUAGGCAUGAUGGUCUGUUUUCUCUUCCUAAAAGUGUGUCUUUUAUAGCUCUGCUUUAUCUCUACUAUUUUCUACAGUGAUAUAUUGAACAUAUUUUAAAAGAAGCUCCCACCCAAAUGAACCUUUUAUUUUGUCAUAAUCCUAUUUGCAAGGGGAUGUACGUGCUCUGGAGAAAAGAGCUGAAGGGCAGGGCACUCCACUUAUUUUCCCAAAUUAUUAUGUCUUGCCAGAAUCAUCAGGGAGGAAGAGCCAUCACUCAGGAAAUGCAUUUGCAUAAAGUGCCCUUUGCUGCCAAUGUUUAUGUUUUGCUCCUGAAAUAUGCUCUAGGUUUAUCAAUAUACAGUCCACUCUCGUUUCAUAUGUGACAAGGAAGCAAGCAAACAGUGGAGAACGGCAGUAGAUACGAUGCAGAUAAGCAGGAACGAAAAAUUAAGGACAAAAAGACAGUGCAGUUUCUAAAAACUCAGAUUGUGCACUUCAAAAUAAUACCAUAAAGGCUCCUCAUUUUAAUCAAUUAUCGAUUACACCUUGGGGACUUUCCACCAAUUCCACUUGAUGCUGCUUUUAAAGUGACUUUUAUGGAGUCUACUCAGGCGCUGAUCUUUACAUGGAAAUAACAGAAAAUUCCAAGAAAUGGAAGCCACUGCUAGUAAAAGAAGAAAAGCUGAGUAUCAUCAGGGUUAAUAGCUCCUAUGUGAGAUCCAUGAAUGAUUACAGAGUUACUUUUAUAUAUCGAACUUUCACGUUUCAUUAAUAAUAUGCUGCCUCUUUGGGACAUAGGUGCGCUCAUGGUACGAAGGCUAUUUAUUCAUCACAUGGAAUAGAAGAGCUAGAGGAACAAUGGCUUCAAAGGUCUCAUGCUUAUACAUUUUGACAGUAGUUUGUUGGGCAAGCGCUCUUUGGUACUUAAGUAUAACUCGUCCUACUUCUUCCUACACUGGCCACAGACAGCUCAGUAGCAUAUCCAUAGCCAGAAAAAAUGUUUCCUUUGGCAACAUAAGAACUCGACCUAUAAAUCCACAUUCCUUUGACUUUCUUAUCAAUGAACCCAACAAAUGUGAGAAGAGCAUCCCUUUUUUGGUCAUUCUUAUCAGCACAACUCACAAAGAGUUUGAUGCAAGGCAAGCCAUUCGAGAAACGUGGGGAGACGAAAACAACUUUAAAGGAAUUAAAAUCACCACACUAUUUCUUCUUGGAAAAAAUGCAGAUCCUGUGUUAAAUCAAAUGGUAGAGCAAGAAAGCCAAAUUUUUCACGACAUUAUUGUGGAAGAUUUUAUCGACUCUUAUCAUAACCUCACUCUGAAAACAUUGAUGGGGAUGAGGUGGGUAGCAACGUUUUGUUCAAAAGCGAAGUAUGUUAUGAAGACAGACAGUGAUAUUUUUGUAAAUAUGGAUAAUCUUAUUUAUAAGCUGCUCAAACCUAACACCAAGCCAAGGAGAAGGUACUUCACUGGUUACGUUAUAAACGGAGGACCAAUAAGAGAUGUUCGCAGUAAGUGGUACAUGCCAAGAGAUUUGUAUCCCGACAGCAAUUACCCACCCUUCUGUUCAGGCACCGGCUACAUUUUUUCAGCUGACGUAGCGGAACUGAUUUACAAAACCUCCCUUCAUACAAGACUUCUUCAUCUUGAAGACGUGUAUGUUGGACUCUGUCUUCGGAAGCUGGGCAUUCACCCCUUCCAAAACAGUGGCUUCAAUCACUGGAAAAUGGCCUACAGCUUGUGCAGGUACCGCAGGGUCAUCACAGUGCACCAGAUAACACCAGAAGAAAUGCACAGAAUUUGGAAUGACAUGUCCAGCAAGAAACAUCUUAGAUGUUAAGAUUUUUACAGAUGUAAAUACCUUUUUUAGUAAUUUUGGUUUAGUCUGGUUAUUUUUUGACAAAGCGAUCUGCUGAUUUACAGGUUAAACUGUGGGAUAUUAACUGUGAAAGGAUUUUUAAUGACUGAUUUUUCAUUCUCAUUUUGACUACUGGUUUACAGACUUCAGGCUCUUUUCAUAAGGACAUUACACCGACCGAAAGGAUCUAGAGUCAAAUCUCAGAUUUUGUAUAUUAUCCUCUAUCACACAUAUCAGCUCCUGCAUCUGUAUGUAAAAGGACACUAGUAAACUAUUUUGAGCUGCUUAACAGUUCAUUGCCCAGCCUCUGAGAUAAGACUUGGGCCCUAAGAAUGAAGAAUUAGAAACAUACUUUUAUUCCUUUUUGACACCCUACAACCAUCUCUAUUUAGAGCUUUGUUAAUAAAUGGAGCAGUAUACAUUUGCACUGACCUUACACCUAUCUUGACAUGUAUAUUUUAUAGUACAACGUGUGCUAUUCCCAAACAGCUUACUGAUGGUAUAAUAUCAGAAUUUAGACAGGUAAGAACAUCAAAGUCUCACAGGCCUUAGGAAACAAACCAACACGCCGAAGUAUAUUUUUAUUUACCAAACAGUAUUCCUUUAAAUUAUUUCAGAAGAUACCCCAUUUCUUUCCACUGCCUAAAGUAGCCCCUAAAAGAUGUAACACACUUUUAUAAUUAAGUAGAAUGUGUAGGUGAAAUAAGACAGGGAAGAUGUAUGAAAAACUGUCUUAAAAAUACAUGAGAAAAGUAUUAAUACCUUUUAAUUUCAAAGCAAGUGCAAUGUUUCUCAUUAGUAUCAGUGGAUCUCUCCAUUAAGCAUCUUGCAUAGCAAUAUAUAAUUAUAUUGAAUAAUAAAAGUGUCAAUAAGCAGUAUAUUUCUUCAACAUCAAUCAGUGCACUAUUUACCUACAAGAAAGUAACACAGAAGCAGCUUUUUAAGCGUAAGCUCUAGUUUUUGCUACAGUACAUAUAUGAAUGAGAAUCUAGCAGAUUUUUAAUGGUGUAGAAAAGUAGAAUUUUGUCCAAUAAAAGAAUGCAAACAAUUUUCUGUUGAUUGGGCAACAGAGUACAUAACAGUUACGUACAACUUUCACAGCAAAAUAGAGGGCUUUUAAGAAUCACCUAUUACAGAAAAACAAAUUCUAGCCUUUGUUACAGAUCUGCAGCUCCCAGGUUACUCAUCACAGAGCCAACACUCACUAAGGUCCCACUCAAGAGAUCCCCAGAGCACGUGACAGAAAUCAAAUACACAAGAUUUUAUUCAAGUUUCAUAAUGUGCUUAUGUGUUUUGAAUAUGAAUGUUAAUGAAAUAUUGUGAGAAUUAUUUCCUGGAAAAUUCUUCGAUAAAUUCAAGCCAUCUCUAUUCAGCACCACCUUCUAAAAAAGCGCUAAAAUAUGACGUUGCUCAGCAAAUAACUUGGAACGAAGAAUUCACAGACAAGUUACAAAGACACAAAACUCACCAAAUAUAUUAUUGGUCGUAGAUUACUCACAUCAUCCACAGCACACACAAAAGUCUCAUUCAUUUCAGUCGGCGUUACGUGUAACAUAUGAAAAACUGUUAAGUCUGUACGUUAUUCAGGUUGUCUAAAGUUGUCAGAAAUUUACUGAAUAAGAAUUUAAAGGAAAACUCUGACCUGAUUUUGCCAUAGGUGUACAUAGCACUUUACAUAAAGUAAUGAAGAUGCUAACAGAGGAAUGAAGAUGCUACCGCAAAAGGUUUGUAGUUUCAUGACAAAUUUUUAGUCUUAUUCACAGAUGCAGCACUACUGUUUCGAAAGGAACCACUUGUAAGGUAAAGCGUACCUGGCCUUCAAGCCACAAGCAGUAGUUGUCAGAAACAAAUCUACAUCAGAUCUAAAGGUGAAGCUACACAACAGAUAGCCCAGGAGUUACUGCUAAUCAACAGGAGCUUGUGCACCCUUCAUAAAUGAAAAACAGUAAUUUUAUAUAAAAAUACAGAAUCUCUUGCAGCAUAAUUAAGAUUUAUCCUUCCCUAGUUGACCUAGUCCUUGUUAAAGUUACUUUUGCUUCCUACCAAACUCAGAACUCUAGCUAAACAAGGUCCAACUAAUUGCAUAGAUGAAUAUAUAACACGCACACACCGACUGGGAUAAGUUCAGCUUUCCUUACCCAAGCCCCAGAAUAUGCUUGUUUAGGAAGGGAAACAAGGGUGAAGUUCAUCCCCAGCCCUCAGGUAAAUCAGACAGCAUGGAUGCCACCCUGCUGGGAACACACUUUGUAGUAAUUUCAACCCACAGGCUGCAAUCACCUCUACUAUCCCUCUACACUGUGCAGUAAUUUGGGGUUUCUGAAUCCACAGCCGAAUGGAUUUGGUGGCCUUACUUCUCCUGCUGAUGCUUCUGUGGCCUUUGGUUAGUAACCAAGAGGACAGCAGGGCUCCCAAUCCAGAUACCUCAGGGCUUAAGUAGCAUGGCAGCCUUGAAUUUCUCCUACUACAAGUAGACUGCAUUAAUGAUUGGAAGGUACACCUUGAAAAUAGUAUCUGAAAAAAAUAUAUUUCCUGCCAUUUAUAAAGAGAUAGAUCUUCAACAGAAAUGUAAAUGUUCAUCUUGAAAUUGAUGUACAUAUUUCUAAGGCAUUUUCUUCUGUAUUCAGCUGUAUAUAUGUGUAGUCUGCUUGCUAUGUAGUAUUCUGUUAUGCAUGGAGAUGAGUUAGGCAUUAUAUUUGUUCAGUGUUUCAAGAGCCUUAAGCAUGUGUGCCCUAACUUUUGAAUGUACAAGAUUUUUUUUUUCUUUUACUGUCAAGCGAAUUUAAAAGAACACAACAAAAGCCUAGUUUUCUACUUCUAUUAAUUUUCUGAUACUAGACUUCACUAGCUUGUUACACCUAGGUAACAGAUUUAUUAUUUUCUCUUUGCUCAGUAAUUGCCGUAUUGCACCCUGAAGAUAGAAAGGGAGCAAUAUGUCUACUCAUAGGGACAGCUUACUGUCCCUUCCACUCAGCAGUGUUUGUGCCACAUGGGGUACUGUUAACAAAAAAGUGUUUGCAUUAGGCUUCCUUUAAUCAAAAGAAAUAUUUCUGUUACUUACAGAUCAUUUUGUUUCACUGGGCAUGGGACAAAUGACAACUUGGUUAAGACGUGCUGGCUUCUAGUUGCUUCAAAAGUGUGACUAUAGUCACAUUUUGAUUCCAAUAUGUACAUGAACACAGCACAUUGAGGGAAGAAGCUAGGGGGGAAAUGCCUCUCUUUAGGAUGAGUUUUUCACAAAAGUAUUUUUUUUGCUAAAACUGUGAGAGUAUUUAAACAGAAGUCUCAAGCUUCUUUUUCCAUCUUUCCUAAUAUAACGUUAAGUAUCAAUUUUGACUCUUUAUUGGAAUUUUUUUUUUUGUCUUUAUAAUGUAGAUGGCAAUGGCAAUUUGUAAAUGAAGAGUGUAAUUAACUAGAAAAACUUGUCAACAGUAACCGAACUUUAGGUGUAUCAUUAUAUAUGACUGGCUGUACUUAUGUAUUUAUUUGUCUAAAUUGUAUAUAUUGUUUUAUCUAUAGUGUCUGUAGGAGUGCAUUCUUUUAGAUUAAAGUAUUAUUUACAGUUUUGUGGGAUUGCCAGCAAAGCUGCUAAUCAAGAUACUAUUUUUUUGUAUCAAUGUCAAAUAAUAAAAAAAAUUAAGAACAAAAUCAUACGAAAAAUUGAAGGUGUCCUGUAACUUCUCUUCUUCACUUCUUUCUAGAAAUGUAAAUGGUAUUAUCUGAAAACACAAUACCAGUGAAUAGGCUCAUUUCUCGUAAGGAAGAAUAUUGUGCUGUAAAAGCAGAUCUAAAAAAAAACAAUUGGAAAAAAUAAACACAACAAAAAUA